GGCGGUCGCAAUUCUUCCCCUCGGAGCGGCUUGGAGAAAUGAAAAUAAUUGGGACUUUAGAGGAAAAAAAAUCUGAGAAAAUGGAAUAAUGUCUUUGUUUACACUAAAUAUUGAAUACUAGAUGGCAACUUUCAGCAGCUUUAAGGGAGGUGAUUUUGGGAUGGAGGCAUUGUUGGAAAAAAUGCAAACCCAAAGACAUGGCAGCAGAAGUUUCCAGACUUCCUGUGAGGCAGAGCUGCAAGAAUUGAUGAAGCAGAUAGAUAUCAUGGUGGCUCACAAGAAAGCUGAAUGGGAUACUCAAACUCAGGCUUUGGAGUCUUGUUUAGAACUCCGAGACCAGGAGCUGUCCUCCCUCAAAAAUGCAGCAGAGGAGAAACGCAGAGAGACUGACAGAUUAUGCCAGAGAUUAGAUGAGAUGGAGCAACUGAAUCGUGAGAUGACUAUAGAAUAUGAACGUCAAUUAACAAAAGUCCAAAAUGAGCUAGCUAGGUUGAAAAGAAGUUAUGAAAAAUUGAUGAAGAAACAGUUAAAAGGAACUAGGCAAUCUUCCAAGAGCCAAGAGGAGGACCAGUCUGAAAUAAAGAUUCUGACCAAGAAAUUAGAGGAGUUCCAUGAAAAGUCUUUAGAUUGGGAAAAGCAGUGCCUGCAGUACCAGCAACAAGUUGCUUCAUUGGAAGCACAGAGGAAGGCUUUAGCUGAGAAGUCUGAGCUAGUUCAGACUCAACUGUGCAACCGGAAGCAAAUGUUUGAAUCUGUGGAACUGGCAAGCCAAUCUGAAAUCCAUCAUUUAGCCAGCAAGUUGGAAAGAGCCAAUGACACUAUUUGUGCCAAUGAAUUGGAACUGGAGAGGCUGAAUAUAAGAGUAGAUGAUUUGACUGAUACUAACCAGAAGAUUCUGGCAGAACAACAAAAGCUUCUACACGAGCUGAAACUUUCCCGGAACUCCCUAGAGGUUAUUCAUGAUGAAAAGAUGGAACUCAGGUCCACUCUGCUGUCUCAGGAGGACUUCAUCACAAAUUUACAGAUUUAUCAUGAACAGCUACAGAAAGAAUUGUCCAAACUGACUGAAACUCUGAAUAUGAAAGAAACUUUUAUCAAGCAGCUGCAAAAGACUACAGGAGCCAAAGAAAACUACUAUGGUGGAACAGAAUUAGAGGAACAUUUAUACCAAAAGUUUGAUGGUGUUGAAGUGAUUCAACUUGAUGGCAGCUUGGGAUCUCCAGAUGGAAAGUUCAUCCAGCCAUCUGAAGAGCAAACGGAGAAGUUACUGGAGCUUCGUCUAACUGAAGAACAGCUGUGCAAAGCCAAGACCGAGAUUAAAAAGCUGAAGGAAGAGCUAUCCCAUAAAGAGCAAAGUCAUAGCAGAGAAUUGGAAGGAAUGAGGCUUGAGGUUACCCAACUAACACGAGAACUGCAUCAAUGUGAAAUCACAAUUGCUUCUUCUUUGGGUUCUACUUUAAGCUUAGAGCAACAACUAAAAAUAGAGAAUGAAAAAGUGGAGCAAAAGACAAUAGAGCACAAGGCUGUUCUGUCUCAGUUGGAGGCUCUCAGACAAGAAAAUCACCAUCUGUCAGAGAAGCUGCAGAAGGCAAAAAGUACUACCUUUGCGGAAUUCCAGGAAACUUAUAACAAGGUUUUAAAUAAAGUGGAACUUCAGAAUAAGCAGCUACAGAAAGAAUUAGCAGAAGCUAGAACUAAUUUGGAAGCUUCAUCUUGGGCUUCUCAGAGCAAAUAUGACAAUAUUGUGCAGCAAUUGCAGCAUCAGGUGACUGAGAUAACAAAUGCAGAAAACAAGAGGAUGCAAGAUCUGAAGUACAAACAUGAGGAAGAAAUGAAAGCACUUCAAGCUAAAUAUGACAGAACUGUUCAACAUUAUGAAGAGGAACUCCAGAGAGCAAAACAGUUUCCACCCAGAAUGCUUCCUGUUUCUAGUACAGCUGCUGGACUAUCUCAUAGAACAAACAGUAUUGAAUCUUUGCCUUAUGAAUCUCUUGGGAGAUCAGACAUUUUGCUCUGUGAAGACCCAGAAUUUUCUUACAUGGUAUCAAGAGAGAGUGCGAAAGACUUUUUACCUUUGAGUCCUCUGCCUACUGCAAAUGUAGAUGUGAUUGCUGCAAAGUUCCUAGAAGAAGAAGAGAAAGAUCCCAUCAUAUUUUGGAACGCUUAGAUACACAUAUUGAAGAUUGAAAAAGGAGAGUGAAAGGACAGUGCAACAGUUUACACACCAGAAGUAACUUGUGUUUUGGGAUUUGUGAAUCGAAGAGCUGCUUCGUUUAUGCUGCUUUCUUUAGAGGAAAAAACACAGUUAUUGCCCUCUGGAAAUAAGUGAAGAGACAUGUGAACAGCUGUGAGAUAAGUAAGGAAGUGCUGGUGUAGCCCAAAGAAGGCAAUUCAGUAUAGUGAAGAGAGGCAGUGGCGAAAGAAGAAGGAAGCAUAAUUGCCAUUAGGAAAGCUGUGAGCCAGUCCUGAGAGAAAAAGCAAAAGAGUCCAUGGAUCCUGUCUUCUGUCUAAAUGAAUAUUUUUUGUAUGCAUAUGUUUUAAGAAAGUUAACUGCUGGAAUGUCUUGGGGAAAGAAAAAGAAACCAGGAAUAAGGCAGAGUUGCCCAGGAACAGAGAGGGAAAAUUAAAGAUAUUUGAGACUUAUGCUUUUUAGUAAGUUAUUUGUCUGUUAGUUCUACCAAUCGCCACUCUGUGAAGUGGAGUUUUUUAAACUGCUCCCAAUAUCAUUUAGUGAUGAUACCCAUGAACUCAUAGAGAGCACAGACACUUGUUUG